ACUGACCAGAUCCAGGCACAGACAGACCGGUACGUCUGUGGUCUCUGCCGGAACAAGCUUGUAGCUCCCCUGACGCCAUGCCGUCCCCUCGGCGCUGCACAUGACCUCCCCGCCGCUCGCCAGCUCUCCACGACUCGACUCCUUUGCACCUCUGACGACAACUUCCCUCCCUCGCCGAGCCAGUUCCCCGGUGCCUUUGGCCGAGCAGCAGGACUAGGCGGUGCCACGUCUUCCUUUGGAGGGUUUGGCUUAAAAAAGGCCACAAAUCAGACCGAUGGACUUCUCCCUCAUGAGAGAGAGGCCAGGCAGAAGAUGACGGCCGCGCCGGCUCCCGCCAAGACACCGCAGCAACAGAAGCAGACGCAGCAGCAGAUGAAGAAGAAGAAGAAGCAGCAGGGACAGGGUCAAGAGCAGCCUCGCCGAAGACUAGAGCAGGGUGUCGACUUCCAGGAAAAGGCUGACCAGUCGCGUUCUGCACUCGCCGACAUCUUCCAAAAGAGUCAGCAGAGUCGUCGUGCUCCUGCUAGACCGGCGUCUGGAGACGGAGCUGCAGUGCCAGCACCGGCUGAAAAUAUGGAGCCUGCUGCGGAUGCCGCGCCUAAAUGGGGAGCCUUUAGCAAACGCAAGGCUUCGACGGUCAACGAGUCGAUGAGCACCUUUGGCAAAGACAAUGCUGCUGCCGGUGCCAAGAAUGGGAACCGCAAGGCUGCUAGAGGCAGUGCCAAGAAUGGGAACAACAAGAACGGCAGCGGCGACAGCAAGAACAAGAACAAGGCAGCGGCAAAGAAGAUAGCCCCCACGGAGGAGAAGAAGUCUGACGUGCAAGAGGGCCAAGAUUUUUGGGACGAGAUGGAGGAUCGGGUGGACAAGUUUUCGAAGAAGCGCAUCAGCGCGGCGACGACAGCACCCGAGCAGCAGGAUGAACAGCAGCCGCGACGCAGGUCACGCUUCGAUGAGACCAAUGGCAGCGACGUCGACCCGAGCGGCAAACGCUCGAAAAAGGCGGACCGCAAGAAAGCCUCGCCAUCGGCACGACACGGCACAGCCAGGGUACGCGAUGACUGGGAUGACGACGGCCAGGACCGCUGGCAGGAGAAGCAGCGGCGUAGAGAGGAGAAGAAGAGGAGGCAGAAGCGGGAGGCGCUGGCGGCGGCGGCCGAAGCGACAGUGCCCAUCUUCCUGCCCGAGUUCAUCAGCGUGGCCAGGCUGGGACGCGCGCUCAAGCAGAACACGGAGAGCUUCCUGUCUGACCUGGAAGAGAUGGGCUUCGAGAAGAUGACGAGCGAAACCAUCAUGACGGGGGAGACGGCGGCGCUCAUCGCCAUGGAGUACGGGUUCGAGCCGACGGUGGAUAACGGAUCUCAGCGAGACCUGCGUCCGUCCCCGACGCCGGAGGACGUGUCGUCCCUGCCGACGCGGCCCCCCAUCGUGACCAUCAUGGGCCACGUGGACCACGGCAAGACGACGCUGCUGGACUGGCUGCGCAAGUCGUCGGUGGCAGCGCAGGAGCACGGCGGGAUAACGCAGCACAUCGGUGCGUUCGUGGUCAAGAUGUCGUCGACGGAGAAGGCAAUCACCUUCCUGGACACGCCCGGGCACGCGGCCUUCCUGAGCAUGCGGCAGCGCGGAGCCAAUGUGACGGACAUUGUCGUGCUGGUGGUGGCAGCGGACGACAGCGUGAAGCCGCAGACGCUCGAGGCGCUCAAGCACGCCAACAAUGCCAAGGUGCCCAUCAUCGUGGCCAUCAACAAGGUGGACAAGGAGGAGGCGCGCGUGGAGCAGGUCAAGGCAGACCUGUCCCGGCACGGCGUGCUGAUCGAGGACUACGGCGGCGACGUGCAGGUGGUAUGCGUCAGCGGCAAGACGGGCCAGGGCAUGGCGGACCUGGAGGAGAACAUCGUCACGCUGUCCGAGAUGCUCGACGCGCGCGCAGAGCCCGAGGGCGUCAUGGCGGAAGGCUGGGUGCUCGAGUCGAGCAUCAAGCCUCUCGGCAAGGUGGCCACGGUGCUGGUCAAGCGCGGCACCCUACGCACGGGAGACGUGAUCGUGGCCGGACGCUCGUGGGCGCGCAUCCGCUCGCUGCGCAACGAGGCAGGCGUCGACAUGGCCCUCGCCGGGCCCGGUACCCCCGUCGAGAUCCUCGGAUGGCGCGACCUCCCGGAGGCGGGCGAGCAGGUCCUCCAGGCUCCCGACGAGGACAGGGCCAAGACGGCGAUCGAGUACAGACAGGAGAUGGCGGAGCGGCAGCAGAGCUCGGUGUACCUGGAGCAGCAGCAGCGCGAGGCCGAGGCGGCGGCGGAGGCGGCGGCGGAGGCAGCAGCAGCAGCAGCAGACGGCGACGCCCCUCCGCCUGACACGACGCCCAAGGUGCGCAUGCAGAACUUCGUGGUCCGGGCCGACGUCGCCGGCUCGGUGGAGGCGGUAUGCACCAGCAUCCUGGAGCAGGGGAACAACGAGGUCCAGUCACGGGUGCUGAGGUCGGCCACGGGCCCGCUGUCCGAGUACGACGUCGACCACGCCGCCACGUCAGGCAGCAUCCUGGUCAACUUCAACAUGGCGGUGCAGCCGCACAUCAAGCUGCGCGCCGCCGAGGCGGGCGUGCGCAUCAUCGACCACAGCGUCAUCUACCACCUCGUCGACGAGGCGAGGGCAUGUCUGGCCGACCUGCUACCCAGCACGGUGUCGCACCGCGUCCUGGGCGAGGCUGACGUCCUCCAGAUCUUCCCCAUCAACGUCAAGGGGAGGAAGAUGAGGAAUGUCGCGGGGUGCAGGAUACGAAACGGUUCCAUCAAGAGGACUAGGUUCGAGGAUCUGCACGUUGACGACCAGGUUCAGACGUACGAGCUUGUCGAGGAGAAGAGGCAGCUGUAG